GCUUCUACAGAGAAGAUUCCCCAUUCGGCUAUUCCCUCGCUGCAUUUCGAGUAUCUUUUACAUUUUUUUACCUGAAGACAAAAGAAACGGGAGUUGUUUAUUGGAAGUAACCCUUUGUAUUUGGUGAAACUACUCUAUCCUCCUCUUUGUCCUUUUGUUCCAUUUCUUCAACAUAUUGGAAUCAAAUUCUGAUCUGGGUUUUCAAUUUCUUGAUCUGGGUUUCAAAAAUCUUAGCUUUUUGUUCAUUUCUCAUAUCCACAUUCACCUCUAUUCACAAAUUUCUCUUACUGGUAUUCAAGAACCCAUUUUUCUUCUUCUUUCUCAUCUUUUUCCCCUCCCCUUAAAGGGUCUAACAUUUUAUUCAUACAUUUUUUUUUUUUUGGUAUUGAUGUUGUGAAAAAUGCCUAGGAAAAGGACAAAGACAUGAUUUUUGGUGUGAGCUGAAUGAGGAAUAUCAUUUAGUUUUGUGUAGAAUGAAUGAUUAUAAUGUUCUUGGCUAUAUUUGCAAAAAUGAUAGCUUUAUAACAUAUACGUAUUAGUUUUUACUCACUGAAAUAGAAUUACAAUGGCAGAGAGAAAUGUACAUUCUAUGGGAAUUUUUGGUAGAAAAUCCUUAUUUAGUAUGUUUGCAAUUACUUCUGUUAUGUUCAUGCUAUCUUUGUUAUUUGUGCUGCGUUCAACUUCCCGGAGACACUUAUUUUACCUUAAUAUAUUACCAAAGUCCAAGAUUCUUGCUUUAUCCGAUGAAGGUUAUACACAAUCCAGUGCUCAAAUUGAUUAUUCUAACAAAGGAACAUUGAGAAAGUACAAUUUGUUUAAGUGCAGUCCUAGUAAACAAGUGCUCAAAGUUUUUAUGUAUAACCUGCCCCCACAAUUUCAUUUUGAAUUAUUGGGAUGGAAAUCUGAGGGGAAGAGUGUUUGGCCUGAUAUCAGGAAUUCGGUUCCUGAAUAUCCCGGUGGACUAAACUUGCAGCACAGUAUCGAAUAUUGGUUGAUUUUGGAUCUUUUGUCUUCUGAGUUUGAUGAUAAUUUGAAUGGUCGAAGUGCUAUAAGAGUGCAUAAUUCAAGUGAAGCUGAUGUGGUAUUUGUUCCUUUCUUUUCGUCGAUUAGUUAUAAUCGGUUUUCAAAGCUUAAGCCAGGGCAGAAAACUAGCACGAACGUGUUGUUACAGGAAAAGUUAGUUGCGUUUUUGACUGCUCAAGAGGAAUGGAAAAGAACAGGAGGAAAAGAUCAUAUCAUUGUUGCACACCAUCCGAAUAGCCUUUUGGAUGCAAGAAUGAAGCUUUGGCCUGCAAUUUUUGUACUUUCAGACUUUGGAAGGUAUCCUCCCACAAUAGCUAAUGUUGAGAAGGACGUGAUUGCACCUUACAAGCAUGUAAUCAGGAACUAUGACAAUGACACUUCUGGUUUUGAUAGUCGACCAACUUUGCUCUACUUCCAGGGAGCUAUCUACAGAAAAGAUGGUGGAACUAUUCGACAAGAGUUAUUCUAUAUGCUGAAAGAUGAGAAAGAUGUUCACUUCUCCUUUGGUAGUAUUCUGAAAAAUGGAGUAAAACAAGCAACUCAAGGCAUGCACUCUUCCAAAUUCUGUCUUAACAUCGCAGGUGACACUCCGUCAUCAAACCGUCUCUUUGAUGCUAUCGCGAGUCACUGUGUACCAGUCAUCAUUAGUGAUGAAAUCGAGCUUCCCUAUGAAGAUGUUCUUGACUAUUCAGAGUUCUGCAUAUUCGUCCGUACAUCAGAUGCUCUCAAAGAAAAUUACCUCAUAAACUUCAUAAGGAGCAUCACAAAAGAAGAGUGGACUAGAAUGUGGGCGAGGUUAAAAGAGAUCGAAAAUCUGUUUGAGUAUCGAUAUCCUUCCAAGGACAAUGAUGCAGUUCAAAUGGUCUGGCAAGCUAUCGCCCGUAAGGUUCCUGCUAUCAAUUUGAAGUUGCAUAAAUCGUCGAGGUAUUUUCCGACCCCUGUAUCGAAAGAAAUAGGGCUGAAGUCAUUUCCCUUGCCAAAGAAUAUUUUGUAAGAACUGAACAUUCAGUAGGAUUUUGAGAGUUCUGAAAUGACAUCUGAUAUGUUCCUGUGAAAUGCUGUCUGCAGCAAUUUUUUGCCCAAAUUUUUGUAACUUAACCAAUUGUUGCAAACAAUAGAUUUAUAGAAACAUAGAAAAAGAAAGUUGUAAUGUUUAGGUCUCUGCUUGCUGAAUAGCUAAGAGAUUUUUGGUCAAUUUGUUCAUUCAUUUAUUUUU